AAGAUAUAAAAAGAAGCCUCGACAGUCACCUUAUCAUUCGCAAAAGGUGUUCCAUAGACACAGAAGACAAGUGAAGAAGCUGAAAGAUCGUUGCGAAGAUGAGACUUUUGUUCCUUCUUGCCAUUUUGGGAAUGGCGUUCUGCCUUGUACGAGGUGAAGAGGCCGCAGCAACAGAGUCUGAGGUUGCCUCGGCAGACCAAAAGCAAGACCAAUCGAACGAAGAUGCUCCUGCUGCAAAGGAAGAACAGCCAUCUGACUUCAGCGAAGAAUCUUCUGAAGAUCAAAACGAGGACGAUGAAGAUGAGCCCGAGGCAGAUCUAGAGGCGGAGGAUGAAGAAAAUGAAGCUGCAGAUUUGCCCGAAGAAGAGGACCCAAGUGAAAUAGAAGAGCCAGCAGAGGAUACCCAUGAUCCAGCCUAUUAUGGUGUUAAGAGGUGCCGAUGCAAACCAUGCAGGUGCCACCGUUACAAGCUCUAUUACAAGAAAUACUACAGCAAAUACUACAAGCUCUACUACAGGAGACACUACCAAGCCUAUUACAAGAAGUACUAUAGCCGAUACUACAAGCUGUAUUACAAGCGAUACUACAGCAGGUAUUACAAGAACUACUACAGCAGGUACUACAAGAAGUACUACAGCCUGUAUUACAGAAGAUAUUACAGCAACUAUUAUAAAAAGUACUGGAGCAAUUAUUACAAGAAAUACUACGCAAAGCGCUGCCACCGUUACUACCCAAAAAAACUCUGGGGAAAAUAAGAUGCUUCUACAAGCUGGACUUGUAUCGCUUGACAUUGUUAGUAGUUGAUUUAGAGAAUGAAUCUUGAAAGAAUCGAUUAUAAAAGAUCACAA